AAAACAGCGUAUCUGGCGGUUGUAGGCGGCGGCGUUUGGUAGUGGGGGAGAGGUCAACGUCGUUCACCCUUCCACCUUCCACCGAAAAUAUUUUGCCAACCCCACAAAAUUAUCUGUACUACAUGGUCACACACAUAUAUAUACAUAUAAAACAUCAAAUACUAUCAAUCAUUUUGAUUUCCAGUUCAGCAUUGUCAUUUGUUCUCCUCCUCUUCGGUUUCCUGUUCUCUUUUUCUUCAACCCAUCUCGAAACAGAGGACUCUGGUGCCGGAAAAAAAAAAAAAACAGAGGACUCUGGCCUUCUAGGUGGAUCAUUAAAGAUACUUCAUCUGGAGCAAUUUACAGAGUCAUUGUUGAUUCAAAAACUGUUUUCAAAUGCCUGAGUUGGUCAUGGAGGGGUUAAAUGUGGACGAAGUGUCAUCACCACCCAAUCAACACUACAUUCCAUACAAGAAAUCUUUCACAAACAGGUCUCCAAAAAGUCCAUUAAGUACUCACAGUCCAGGUAAUGAGUCCAUUGAUCAAUCCAUAGAUGGAGAGGUUGACAUCUCUAUUGAGCAGCUUUACAGAAAUGUCUUUGAGAUGCAAAGCUCGGACCCAUCCCCGUCGAGGCCUAGCUUUCUGUCCUAUGGUGAUGAGUCUCGGAUUGAUUCUGAAUUACGAUUCUAUGCUGGAGGAAGUUAUAGGGAGGUGGAGAUAAGAAAAGAGGUGGUGGUGGUGGAGAAUAAAGAGCCUAAAAAACAAACUGGGCUUUUGAAUGAAAAGUCUGAAGCAAUUGCACAUUUAAGUCCAAGGAGCAAAUCUUUCCAUGGGAAGCCUCCAACUGGGAAAAGAAAUGGGAAGGCAAGAAAGGCGAACGAAACGACUUCUAAUGUAGGACGGGGCAAAAUGGAGGAGGGAAAGGAAGAUUCUCUCGAGGCGGCAUACCUUGGACCUUGUUUACUUAAACAGGCACAGGACUUGGUUCCCUCCGGGGGAAAUCCUCGGAAGGCUCUUGAGUUGGCUCUACGUGCAUUGAAAUCAUUUGAAAGUUGUGCGAGUGAGAAACCCAACUUGGAGCUAGUCAUGUGUUUGCAUGUUGUAGCAUCACUAUACUGCAGGUUAGGUCAGUACUCAGAGGCUAUUCCUAUUCUGGACCGUUCAAUCGAAAUUUCAGAUAUUGAUGAAGGCCCCGAUAGUGCACUUGCUAAAUUUUCCGGAUUAAUGAAGUUGGGAGAUACAUAUGCAUUGAUUGGAAAAAUUGAGAACUCAAUUCUUUGCUAUACCGGUGGUUUGGAGGUUCAAAGAGAAUUUCUUGGGGAGAAGGAUUACCGAGUUGGUGAGACUUGUCGGUAUGUUGCUGAAGCCCAUGUCCAAGCAUUCCAAUUUGAUGAGGCUGAGAAGCUUUGUCAGUUGGCUCUUGACAUCCAUAAAGAGAACGGAUCUCCUCCUUCUCCCCAAGAGGCGGCGGAUGGGAGACUUAUGGGACUUAUUUUGGAGUCAAAGGGAGAAUAUGAAGCUGCACUUGGGCAGUAUGUUUUAGCAAGUAUGACAAUGGCAGAAAAUGGGCAGGAAUUAGAUUUGGCUUCCAUUGAUUGCAGUAUUGGCGAUACGUACUUAUCUUUGUCUAGGUAUGAUGAGGCUAUUUUAGCUUAUCAAAAAGCACUUGUGGUAUUUAAGUCAGUCAAGGGGGAAAACCAACUGUCCGUUGCCUCAGUCUUUGUCCGUUUGGCUGACUUGUACAACAAGAUUGGAAAGUUCAAGGAAUCAAAAUCCAACUGCGAAAAUGCACUUCGGAUUUAUUCAAAACCCGUUCCAGGGGGCCAUACAGAAGAGAUUGCUAGUGGUCUCAUCAAUGUUUCUGCUAUCUACGAGUCCAUGAAUGAACCGGGGGAGGCACUCAAAUUGCUUCAGAAGGCUUUGAAGAUAUACGGGAAUGCACCAGGUAUGCAAUGCACAAUUGCAGGAAUUGAAGCCCAAGUGGGAGUAAUGUACUAUAUGAUGGGAAGUUAUUCUGAUUCUCACGAUUCGUUAGAAAGUGCUAUUUCAAAGCUUAGGGAAGUCGGAGAGAAGAAAUCUUCUCUUUUUGGUGUCGCUCUGAACCAAAUGGGUCUUGUGUGUGUACAACUUCACGCGAUAAAUGAGGCUGCCGAGCUGUUUCAAGAAGCAAGGAGUAUUUUCGAAAGUGAAUAUGGACCAUAUCACCCAAACACAUUGGGAGUUUAUAGUAAUCUUGCUGGAACUUAUGAUGCAUUGGGCAGGACAGAUGAUGCAAUUGAAAUACUGGAUUAUGUUGUUGGGAUGAGAGAGGAGAAGCUAGGAACAGCAAAUCCUGAUGUGGAUGACGAAAAGCGGAGGUUAGCCGAGUUAUUGAAAGAAGGAGGGAGGGUUAGAAACAGGAAACUUAUGUCACUGGAAACCCUCCUUGACACCAACUUACAGUUCUUAUGAUGCUGGUUGAUGUAUAUUAUGAUGCUGUUUGAUUUGAUGUAUACCUUUGAAGUUUUAAAAACAAGUUUUCAGAGUGAAUAUUAGAUUCCAAGUUGAUUGGUUACUCCCACUUUUUCACAACUGGAGGAUUGUCAAUUAUUUGAUUGUUUAAGGAUUUGAGGGGAUUCCUUUGUCACUUUCAUAUUUGUAUAUAUCCUACUUCAAUAAAGAAAUUGUUGGAUUUCAGUUUC